AUGAGGUCGUCAGAGCCGAGUCACAGCAGUAACAACAAUCUGUUCUUCCUCGCGGUGAGCAAAAACAAAGCAACGGUUUACGAGUACGACGUUAGUUGUAGUAGCCGCAUAGUUGAUGAUAUAGAAGAGCAGAUCAAACGGAGCGAAGAGAAUGGUUUGGCACUACCCAGCGAAAGUGCCAAGCGGGAAUGUACAGAUGGGAGAAAAACGGCCACGAGCAAUGAAAGCGCACCACCCCCAACACAAGUAAAAAAAACGGGAAACAUCAAAUUUAACAACGAUUUUAUACUCAACCGGGGUAUUCGCAUUUACAAAGAAUUUGAGGAUGUGGAGCUAGCCACUUGCACAAACGAUUAUAAAAAAAUUAUUCUGGUUAAGAAGUCCAACUUGAACGUGGCCGAAAUCAUCGACCUACCACAGGGGGAUGAUAACACGAAUAAGGGAGGGACAGCCUCCUCCUUCCAAAUUAGGGCGAAGACGCCCAUAAAAGCAAUUACUAGCAGCCCCAAGGAUAGCCACCUGGUGUUGUACUGCCAAUAUAAACCGGAGGUAUCACCACACAAUUUGUUCGUGUAUAACAUUGGCAAAGCAGCUGGAAAGAAGAACAGGUAUAAAAAAAAUACAAAGGGUGAUGAUGGGGCACCCGGCGGCAGGGGGAGCCACUGCGCGGAAGAAGAAGAACGAUCCAAAGAAAAGUCUAGCACAACUCUUAAAGAAACUCCGAAAAAAGCGCCCAACACAGGGGGGAAAAAAGCGUCCGGGCAGGGCGACCACACGGACCACAGCGAUAUUUGCUACGGGGAUAGUUGCCACCGCGAUGAUAACUUUGGUGAGAAGAUUCCCGUGCGUGUGGACACGCUCAAAAGUUACAGCAGCAAGAUGUGGCCCUUUUACAAAUGGAGUGAAAACGAAUCUUUGUGCGCCAUCCGAAUGAACAACAUUAUUUACGUGUAUAAGGAAAAUAACUUCACUUCGUACGUAAGUAAACUGACCCUAGAAAAUUUGGAAUUUUUUGAUGUGUCCCCUGAGCAAGGUAAUAAAAAAGGAGGAGGAGAAGCGCUAAUUGCAACGUAUGAAAGAGGGACUAAAGGUAAACCAUCCGUAUUUAAGAUUUUCAAGUCGUCCGACUUAAGUAACCAUGUUUACUCGAAGAGUUUUUUUAACUCAGAUGAGAUGAAGCUCAAGUGGAACAAAAAUGCCACUGCGGUGUUGUUAAAUGUGCACACACAGGUGGAUAAGGAGAAGCAGUAUUACUAUGGACUAAGCAACUUAUUCUUCAUCGACACGAGCAAGUUUAGCGAGGUGAAUAUAAUGACCGACCGAGGACAAAUCUAUGACUGCAUCUGGUCUUAUAAUCAAAACAAAUUUUAUGUCUGUAAAGGAGACAUUCCUGCAGAAAUUGUUCUGUAUGACAAAUGUGCUAAUAUUGCUCAUUCCUUUGGGAGGCAUAAAUUUAACACCUUAAGGUUGAAUUGUUCAGAGAAGUUGCUUCUAACAGGUGGGUUUGGGAACUUAAGUGGAGACAUCACCUUGUGGAAUACCACCACAAAAAAGGAAGUCACCAAAACGAAAGCAUCCUGUGCAGUUAUUUGUGAAUUCUUUAAUGAUGGGAAGCAUUUCCUUACAGCAACUACCCACCCUAGACUUCGAGUGGAUAACCAUUUGAAAAUCUUCACCCACGAUGGUUUUAUCGUUAGCAGAAUUAACUUUGAAGAGUUAUACAAUGUUAUCAUUCUCCCUUUUAAUAAGAUUAAUUUUUCCGAAACAGAUGCAUCUUUAGGCAUCUAUGUGGAAAAUUCGAAUAAGCAACUAUACAUACAUAAGCAGCUAGGUAUCGAUUCGAAGAAAACUGGCGUUUACCGUGCUCCUGGAACAUCUACCACUGUGAGCGCAAUUUUAAAUGGGUUCAUGAAUGCCAAGAAGCCAACGCACAAGCUGAGCAAACCCAAACCACCGGGGGCCAACUUCGUGCAGGAAAAGGAGAAGAAGACGACAACGACGUCGAAGAAGAAAAAAAAAAAGAAGAAUACCCAAACGGGGGAAAACGCUCCACCGGGGGAGGUAGAAGAGGACCUUCCAGGAGACGACGAACCGUAG